UAAUACGAGAAGCCCUGGCACUUGUGAGCUCUCCACUGUAUGAGGUACAGUCGGCCCUGUGCCCUCCUCGACGCUGAGUCGUCUACUGACUGGCGGGAAACGGGGAGUUCUCAUCCAAGCUAGAUACAUGAUCCGUCCACCAUGAAGGACGGACUUAACGUUUCGUCCCUGCCAAGCCCUUUCGACCGUUACAAGCUUGAGGGUAAACUAGGUGCAGGCAUCUUCGGCGAAGUAUACAGGGCCUCCGACUCACAGGCAGCCGGCAAAAAUGUCGCAGUCAAGAUACAAACGUAUAUCGACGAAAAUGAAGAUCACAUACAAGAAGAAUAUAAGAUACUAAGGGACUUCACUAAGCAUGCUAAUCUGAUUGAUUUCUACGGAGUCUUCUGUGAGAAGUCUGAAGGCGUCAAGAAAAUUUGGUUCGUGCUUGAGUUGUGCGAAUGUGGAUCUGUCAUCGAUAUUGUCAGAAAACUGAAAGCAGUGGACAGAAAAAUGUCCGAGGAACACAUCGCUUACAUCCUCAAAUAUACGAUCAAGGCGCUCGUUUACUUGCACGAGAACAAAGUGAUCCACCGCAAUAUAAGAUGCAGCAACAUUCUGAUUACGAAGGACGGCGAAGUGAAACUGUCCGAUUUCGGAUUGUCUUGCAAAUUGAAUGGCACUUUGGACACGAGUAAGACGAAUAUUGGAUCGCCGAGCUGGAUGGCUCCUGAAGUAGUGACGUGCGGGGAAGAAGGUUACGGGAAUAGAAUUGAUGUAUGGGCUUUAGGGAUAACAACUAUAGAAAUGGCUGAUGGGAAAGCACCGUUUCAAGACAUGCAUCCAACAAGAGCGCUUUUUCAAAUUGUUCGGAACCCGCCACCGGGUCUAAUGAAACCAGCUAUGUGGUCCAAUGAUAUUAAUGAUUUCAUCACCGAAUGCCUUGAAAAAAAUCCUGAACAUCGACCCUAUAUGAUGGAGUUAGAAGAGCAUCCUUUCAUACAAUCGGUUCCAGAAAAUGAUUUCCAUUUAACCACAGAAUUAAAAGUACUAGCAGCAGACAUGAAAAAUAAAGUUUUAGAAGAGAAAGUUCCUGAAAGAAUGAUCAAGGAUGGCCUUCUAACAAUACAGGGUGUUAGCGACCCAGAAACCAUGCAAGUAGAAGAUUUGGCCGCAUUGGAAAAAUUAACAGAGGACAAUAUACUUGCUGAGUUGCAAACUAAAUUAGUAAAAGGGUCAUUUACAUCAUUUAUCGGAGAUGUCCUUCUUAUUCUCAAUCCGAAUGUUACUGACGACAUUUAUAACGAAUCUUACCACAAAAAAUAUGAAUGUAAAUCAAGAUCGGAUAACGAACCUCACAUUUUUGCGGUAGCAGACAGCGCUUAUCAAGACGCCCUACAUCACAACGAGCCCCAACACGUCGUAUUUUCUGGUGAAUGUAAAUCUGGCAAGACUACAAACAUGCUGCAUGCACUAUCUCAUCUCACUUACUUAGGUGCCAUGAAAAAUAAUACAGCUGAGAGGAUACAGAAGGCCACUAAAGUCAUACAAGCAGCUAUCACUGGGGCAACACCACUAAAUGCACAUUCUACCAGAGGAAUCUUCCAAAUACAAGUCACUUACGGCAGUUCUGGUAAACUAAGCGGCGCUAUAUUCUGGCUUUAUCAACUAGAGAAAUGGCGCGUCUCGUCAACUGACAUGUCUCAAGCCAACUUUGAUCUAUUGUACUACUUCUACGACGCUAUGGAAGCUGCUGAUCGCACUGAAGAACUUUGUCUAGAGAAAAACAGGAAACAUCGGUAUUUGAGGAUUCUUGAUGAGCCAACAAAAGGCACAAAGGGAGUAAGAGAGAAUUCAGAGAACAACGUCACAUUAUACAAAGAAUUUAUUGAAAAUCUCAAAAGUCUGGACUGGGAAGUGGAAGACAUUACUUUCUUUGAAACAGUGUUGGCAGCUAUUCUCGUAUUAGGUAAUGUUAGGUUCAAAGAUGGUAAAAGCGGUAUAGCAGAAAUAGAAAAUCCUGAUGAAGCGAAGAAAGUUGCUAAACUGUUAUCUUUAGAAGAAAUUAAAUUUCUGUGGGCAUUGCUUAAUUACUGUCUAAUAGAAAGUGGAACAGCUGUGAAAAGGAGACAUUCUACUGAUGAAGCGAGGGAUGCAAGGGAUACGUUAGCAAGUGCACUGUACAAACGACUAAUAGACUGGAUGAUCAAUCUGAUAAAUUCUAAACUUUCAUUCAUGCGAUCUGUAUUCGGCGACAAAUAUUCAGUAAGCUUGCUCGACAUGUUUGGGUUUGAAUGCUACCACAGGAAUAAACUGGAACAACUGAUUGUUAACACAACGAACGAACAAAUACAGUUUCUAUACAACCAGAGGAUGUUUGCGUGGGAAAUGCAAGAGACAGCAGAGGAAGAGGUUCCAGUGGUAUCAUUACAUUUCUAUGAUAACAAGAAUUCAGUAGAUCAACUAAUGGGAAGACCACUUGGACUGUUUUAUAUUUUAGAUGAGGCCAGCCGCACGGGUAGUGGCCAGGAAUUUAUUAUGAGCACAAUAAGAACGACUUGCAAGGGACCAUACAUCAAACUGUCAGGCAGCCAUGAAUUCAGUGUGGCCCAUUAUACAGGAAAAGUAAACUACGAUUGCAGAGAAAUGGCGGAUAAAAACAAAGAUUUCCUACCUCCAGAAAUGAUAGAAACCAUGCGGGCUUCGACGAAUGUUACUGUUCAACAGCUAUUCAGGAAUAAAUUGACCAAAACUGGCAACUUGACCGUGUCAUCUGGCCAGCCAAAAGUUACUGUAGCAAGGUCUAAAUCUGAAAAAGAGAUGGAAAAUCUGAAAGCCAGGAAAUACAACACGGUAUCAAAAGGUCAAUAUUCUCAAGUACACCGAAUGAGGACUGCUGCUGCGACAUACAGAGCCACCAGCUUAGAGAUCCUGAAGCAACUUUCCAUAGGUCCUGGCAGUGGGGGCACCAACUACGUUCGAUGUAUCAGAGCUGAUUUGAACGAUAAUCCUAGAGGAUUCCAAACUGAAGUAGUGAGGCAGCAACUGAGAGCCUUGGCGAUUUUGGACACAGCAAAAGCACGACAGAGCGGAUUUUCUAGUCGCAUACCAUUUGCAGAGUUCAUUCGAAGGUACCGUUUCCUGGCAUUCGAUUUUGAUGAAAACGUGGAAGUGACAAAAGAAAACUGCAGGUUGUUAAUGAUUCGUCUGAAGAUGGAAGGCUGGGUGCUGGGAAAAUCUAAAGUAUUUUUGAAGUAUUACAACGAAGAAUUCUUAUCAAGGCUCUAUGAAACGCAAGUGAAGAAAAUAAUAAAAGUUCAAUGCAUGAUGCGAGCAUUCUUGGCGAGAAGAAAAGCUAACAAGGAUAAGUCUAAAAUGCGUCACAUAAAGGAACUCAAAAAGCAACAAUCAAUGAACGUAACAGAAGACGAAGCUGCGUUAUUGAUACAAAAAGCUUACCGUGGUUAUAUAGUCCGCAAAGCAUAUGGACCCCUCAUAAACAAAAGCACGGGACAAAUUGAUGAAGAAACGGCAUCAUUCCUAAAGAGGUUCGCCAUGAGAUGGAAAAGCCGUUCUAUAUUCCAAGUAUUGUUACAAUAUCGUGCAGUACGAUACCAGGAUCUAGUGCAUUUUUCUCAGCAGGUGCAUAUCUACAACCAAGCAGUUUUGGAGGCACUGCUUAACACGAGCACUUCGGUCCUGCUUGACCGUGUAGACCCACAUUCUAAAGAAAGCGACUUCCUCGGCUCCGGGCCUCCUACAGUUUGGAAACUUCCAUUCAGAAUCGACCAACUUCAGUAUUACGAUACUUCGUAUAUGUGCGAUCCUUCUGCUAAGAGCAACGACACAUUUGCCAGUCAAUAUGAUUCCGACCACGAGCAGUGGGACGAACCGUUGAAACGUCGAUUUAGUUCAGCACAAACCGACGCCAGUAAAACUUCGGCGAGCACACAGACGCUCAUCACAGUGCCAUUCUGCAGAGACCCUACUCAACCGGUCCCCGUCCUCCCGCCCGACGAGCCAGACAAACCAUCCACAGCAAAAUCUGCGCGAAAAGACGGACCUGCCAAUAGACCUGCAGUAUACAAGAAGAAACCCAGCCAAGCUCCACACAGCUACUACCAACCACCAGAACCCUGGGCCGGAGUACGUGAUGACACGGACAUUCUUGAAGACGCAGCGCCCAAACUGCGAAAGUCGAGUUACACCAGAAGUCUUUACGCUAUUGACAACGAAGCCCAAGAUCCGAUAAUGGAACUGCAAGCAAUGGCUAAAUCUACUAACGAUAUGAACGAGGACGAUCCUCCGUUCAAUUUCCAAGCAAUGUUGAAGAAAACUCCUCGUAAUAGGGCUUCUAUGAAGAGGUCUAAUGAGUUGAAUAAUGAUUUAGAGGAGAGGCAGACGGUGUCGAAGCAUAUUAUAUCGCCGAGCAAGGCUAAGCCACCGGCUGCUCCUAAAUAUCCGGCGCCGACGCCUCCUCCUGGUAAGCCGCCUCCAACUCCUCCAGGUAAGCGUCCUGCGCCAACGCCGCCUCCAACCAGAAUGGCGACAGAGACGCCUCCACCAUACAGAGACAAUUCGCCUCUACCCCGGUCUGUGAGCAGAGAAAUGAUUCGACAGAACUCAAAGGACCUUAUCAUUGCUGCAUUGAAGAAGAGGGACUCACAAACUGAUAUGAUUUGUCAAGACGAUAAUAAAGUUGAAAAUGAAAAAGUGGAGUUAGCGCCCGGAAUCACAGUGGAGGGAACCGUUACAGAUUUAUAAGAAAACAAAUAAAAUUUCGUAAAAAAUAUAUUUAAUCUCCAUUGCAUUGGAAGUCCGCAUACAUUUAUUAUUUUAUUAUGGCAUACAAUAUUAGUAUUGUUUUUGACAGUUAAGUUUUUAAAGCCAUAAUUUUACGUAAGU